CAUAACAAGAUUCCUCUUGUAAUAAUCUCAUUAAUUCUAAGUCCUAGGAACAGUUCUUCUACCAACCCUUUUUAGUUGUCCACUUCCUACACCUACUAGUCCACUACCCUUAAACAGUUGACCGUUAUUACAAUUAUAAACUUCAACACUAAAAAUGGUGGUUCAUCAUAUUCUACACUAUGUUCAACCCACUUCUCAUCAUACACCAGUUGUGUCUAUGAACUUGUUUGUUGCUCUUUUAUGUGCUUGUAUUGUCAUUGGUCAUUUGCUUGAAGAGAAUCGUUGGAUCAAUGACUCCAUUACUGCUUUGCUCAUUGGAUUGUGUACAGGAGUCGUCAUCUUGUUAACAUCAGGAGGGAAAAAUUCUCACAUUUUGGUCUUCAGUGAGGAUCUGUUCUUCAUUUAUCUUUUGCCCCCUAUCAUUUUCAAUGCUGGAUUUCAGGUCAAAAAGAAGCAAUUUUUUCGGAACUUCAUUACUAUAAUGCUAUUUGGUGCAGUAGGAACACUAAUCUCAUUUGGUAUAAUAUCCUUUGGUGCUAUGCAUAUAUUCAGCAAUUUCAACAUAAAUUCCCUUACAUUGGCUGAUUAUUUUGCCAUUGGAGCAAUCUUUUCUGCCACGGAUUCUGUCUGCACGUUACAGGUGCUUAAUCAAGAGGAAACACCUUUGCUAUAUAGCUUAGUUUUCGGGGAAGGUGUUGUAAAUGAUGCAACUUCAAUUGUGCUAUUCCAUGCUAUUCAAAAAUUUGAUCUUUCUCACAUUAGUUCAAACAUUUGUUGGCAAUUUGUUGGAAAUUUCUUGUACUUGUUCAUCACGAGCACCAUUCUCGGAGUUCUGACAGGAUUGCUCAGUGCAUACAUUAUCAAGACACUCUAUUUUGGCAGGCACUCAACUGAUCGCGAGGUCGCUCUAAUGAUCCUCAUGGCAUAUUUCUCGUAUAUGCUGGCUGAAUUGUUCAACCUAAGUGCGAUUCUCACUGUGUUCUUCUGCGGAAUAGUUAUGUCGCAUUAUACAUGGCAUAAUGUGACCGAGAGUUCACGAGUGACUACCAAACAUGCUUUCGCCACUUUAUCAUUUGUUGCCGAAAUCUUUAUCUUUCUUUAUGUUGGUAUGGACGCUUUGGACAUCGAGAAAUGGCGCGUGGUCAGCGAUAGCCCUGGCACAUCAGUCGGUGUGAGUUCACUAUUAUUGGCACUGGUUCUGCUUGGUAGAGCUGCAUUCGUCUUCCCCUUGUCGUUCCUGUCCAACCUAACCAAAAGGUCCCCGAAUGAGAAAAUCAACCUAAAACAGCAGGUUACGGUUUGGUGGGCUGGUCUCAUGCGAGGAGCUGUUUCGAUGGCACUUGCCUAUAAUCAGUUCACAAGAUCAGGCCAUACUCAGUUGCAUGAGCAUGCUAUGAUGAUAACUAGUACCAUCACAAUUGUUCUUUUCAGUACAGUGGUGUUUGGCCUAAUGACAAAACCUCUUGUAAGAAAAUUGCUUCCUUCACCGAGAAUCAAUAUUGAUGAAUCCGAUCCGUCAUCGUCUAAAUCAUUAACGGUGCCUCUCCUAGAGGAUGGAGAUUAUUGUGAAGCCUUAUCAAGUAGUCAAAUGCUGAACACUCCAACCAGUUUUAGGAUGUUUUUUGCUACACCUAUUCCUACGGUUCAUCAUUAUUGGCGGAAGUUCGAUGAUUCUUUCAUGAGACCGGUUUUUGGAGGAAGAGGAUUUGUGCCCUUGAUUCCCGGUUCACCUACUGAUGGAAGUCUUCAACAAUGGAAGUGAACGAAAAAACCGAAAGUAGACUACUUCAGUAAUAGGUUCUCACAACAUACUUGUUGAACGGAGCUUGGUUUUAUAGCAAGGUGGUGGAGGAUGGCUUUUUUUUUUUCACCAUGAGGUAGCUCUAAGGUAACUGUUAGCUAUUUAAGUAUCGGUGAUUUGACGGGCAAGGGUUUCCAUUGCCAUCUGAAAUGGUUAAAGAAUCACGCGACCGCUUGGUUUGAAGUUGUGAAAGGUUUCGAGCUAGCACUAGCAGCUAAAUGGAUUGCUGUUGUGAUGGUGAACGUGAUCAAACACUAUCUAUUCGAUUGAUCGAUCUUGACGGUGCAGGAUCAUUCGGUCUAUUUGGAGCUCAUAUAGGGCUCUCAAGUUCAGCAAAAUCUUGGGUGGAUUUCUUCAUCAUAGUAACAUCAUUAUUUGUUGAUAGGAAAGUAUAUGCCCAUCUUAUGACAUGGUGAACUGCAGAGUGUAGAGAUAAGCAGGGAUUAGCCUUGAAUAGCACAUAAGAUCUGAUUAAAUGGAAUAUCAACAGUCAAAUGGUCAUACAUAAUUAGACUUGUAUCACUCUGCCUCUUUGAAUUUACAACAUCUCGAAAAUUAAAGUAAAAGUUUAAUGUAGUUCUUGUC